AGGACUCAGCUAAUGUCAGUAAAACAGACGAAUCCUAAUAUCAAGUCAUGAGAAAAGGCUCGUUGAGAAUGGUAAUAGUGACUCAAUAAAUGGACUUAAACCGGACGCAAACCGGAGAAUAUGAGUUGUUAGAGAGAGGUAACAUGAUGGUGGCGGUUGCACCAACUGCGAAAGCAACUAUCCCCGCAAUGGCCCCUCUCUCGGACCCUUUUGACGAUGCUCCAGCAGCACUGAUAUCAGAACUAACGGGAGGGUUCGACAAAGAGCAGCCUGGUGCAGAAGAACUGGACAAAGUGGGGGACAUGAAGAGCAUGAAGAAGUCGGGAAGGUCAGCACAUCAGUCUAACAUGCAGGACAAGUGUAGGAUAUGUUUGUGUGGUCACGAGGAAACAGAGCCGCUCAUACAACCCUGUGAAUGUAUGGGAACUAUGCAGUAUGUUCACAAACCCUGCCUUGUCCAGUGGCUUAACACUAGUUAUAAGGGAAGGUGUGAGGUGUGCUUUUUUCAGUUCAAAAUCAAGAGGGACAAAACAAAACUCAAAAACUGGAAGCCUCUACCCAUGACAUCAACUCAAAAGGCCAAAUACGGCAUCAUAUUUUCUCUUCACAUUCUUGCGUUGGUGUUUUUUAUAUGGUCUGACUACACUCUGAUAGGACAAUGUAUGCGUGCCGAUAAGGACUCUACGGGCUAUUGGAUUAAACUUGCUAUCAUUGUAGUUGCGACCAUCGCGUUUUUGUGUUUCGCAGUUCAUCAAAGCCGGGUGUAUGUACGGCUGUACGAACGUAUUUCCGUGUACAACAUGGCAAUCACUAAUGUAUUUGGUAAGGAGGAGAAUGUUUCCAGGUUCUCCAAGAGAGACGAUCUCACUAUGACUAGUGGAAUGUUCGACAGAACUUCAGGGGGAAGCAUCGGGGGUUUUUUCGACAUGCAGUAACAUACUUUACUAUACAACGACUUACAACAGGCGUACAUUGUACAAACUUGAACAAAAUUGUACAAUAGAUAUCAGUGUGUAUGUUCAUGCAGUAUGCUUGAUGUUAUGAACCGGAAAAUACCAGGUGUUAUUUUUUUAUGCAGAAUAUAAUUUGUUGAGAUUUAUUUUAGCACCAACUGAUUUAUCCACCCGAUUCAUCCACCCGAUUUGAUGAUUAUCUUUGAUAUUUGAAGAUUUUAAAUCAGGCUACAUUUUUCUUCAAGUCAAAUUCUUUUAAAUAAUUUUACCUCAGUUACUUUUACCGCAUAAUUUUAAUUGCCAUUUGUCAAAGCUUUCAGUUUCCGUUCUAAUAUAACAUUUUAAUUAACGACCUUUUUUGACAGGCGAACGAGUUCUAUAUUAAGAUUUUAUGGAUUUUAUGGAUUUUGUCCAAUUUUCCAAUGGUAACCAAGUGGUUCAAUUUAAAAGUCUAUUUAAAUUUUAAAAUGAAAAAGGAGUUGGGACAGAACAUGUUGCUCUCCUUUUUAAAUAAUUUUCCUAUUAAACAAUAAA